AUGCAUGUGGCGUCUCGUCUAAGUCCUGAAUCAACGUCCUGUUCUGACCUAUCCCAUACAACUCGUGUGGUCAGAGCUUUGCGACCGGCACCUACUACGACGACAUUGGUUAUUCCCCUGAGCGAGUGCUGCGAGUCUCGAACGCCGCCGGUCGACUUUGGACCUAGAACGACACUUUCUACUGUUACUGCCACUUCGGUCACCACGGGAGUCCGAGGUCCAUCCAAUACCAGCCCUCCCUCUCUCUCGCCACCGACUACUGUGGGGGCCCUGCCAGGGUUUGCCAUUGCAGGCAUUGUUGUGGGAAUCCUCCUGGUUCUCGCCGGUGCUGCCUUUAUAUUCUUCCUCUGCCGUCGCAGGAAACAACGUCGGCGGGAUUCAGGGACAGCAAGAGAGGCACCCAUGUAUCACUUUCAGGAAUAUCAGACCGUCCCGGUCAACCAACCGAGAUCAUCACCAUCACACUCUCCUUCCAAUUCCUCCGUGGCUACCGAAGCACUACUCGACUUGGGACUAUACGAAAGCGACGACGCCAAUGAAUACACGUACGGGCCAGUAACACCUCCCCAACCCCAACACGUGGAGCACGAAAUGGUACAAAUUAGAAAGGCAACGCCCUCCCCUAGAGCCGUGGACCGCCGGAGUGUCGACACAGUCUUCGCCCUGUGGUUCUAUGCCACCACGGAGCUUGACCGUCGACGAUCAAAGGGUUCUUCCAAUCUCGCCGAACUCCCUUCUGCUCCUUCUCCACCGGUACCAGCCUUGCCAGCAUCACCACCGCCACCCGUCCCAGCUUCAAAUCCAGAUACAGCCAGUACCAAACGCUCCUCCAAAGCACGAAGAACAUACCUCACCCCUGCUGGUACACCAUGGGAACCUAGCAAGCCCCCCAAAGCACCCCUUCCCCCUCCGCCACCGGUCUCGGCUCCCUCAACCUCACCAGCCCCAAGGAAAACAUCCAACCCCCGGUUCUCCCUCUUUCCAGCCCCACCAAAGCCACCCCCGAAGAACAUCAUGAGGAACAUCAACUCAAGCCGGUCACCAAUCCCCGCCCCAUUGAAGAUAACAUCCCUGACAAACCACCCUCUACGAACACAAAGAUCUGAACCUCAACCACAAGCACAACAAAAGCAACCAGAAACGAGACCCCGAGCCCCCUCAACAGGCAUGAAAUCCGCCCUCCUCCCCUCCAACAAACCCCUCCCUCUAUCACCCCCCAUCACCUAA